AAAUGCAGUUCCGGGUGCAGGAAGUCAGACUUGCGUCAUCAUUCGGUCAUGUAGCUAGCUAGCAGCACCUCGCAACAGAUAGAACUUGGUAUGUUUCUAGAUAAAAUUGUGUCUUCAUACAGACUGUUACUCACAAUAUUAUUAAUAUUAAGCUUGAUAGCAAGUUGUAAUUGUUAGCGUGGCCUCUGGAUGAGGUAAUGUUCAUCGGGUUGACGUUUGUCUUAACUUAAGGUUAGUUGCUAAAGUCAGUUUCCCUCUGGAAAACAUCUACUUGUUAGCUUAACUAGGCUACAACCAGGCAACAAAACACAGCUGUGUGCGGUCUAACACGCUAAGUAGUGGGUAGUCAUCUACAUCAAGUGUGGGUUUUCGAUGCCCCUUAUAUCCAGUGUUUGUUGUUGAAGGGAUGGCGGGGGAGAGGAGCGGAGAGGACUUAGUUUCAGAGUACCUGGGCCAGAACCCGCAGCUGGCCCAGUGGGUCGACACUCUCAGGGGCUACUGUGAGAGCAACAAACAGUGGUUCGCUCGGAGGGAGUUCAUCCUGAGAAACAUGGAGGCUUUCCCCACAGUGGAGCCAGAAGUUCCCAGCAGCAGUUUGGACAGGCUGCUCUCUCUCUCCAUGGUCUGGGCCAAUCACGUUUUCCUCGGCUGCAGCUACCCACAGGCUGUGAUGGACAAGAUCAAGGAGAUGGGUGAGGGGAUAGUUGUCCAAGAUCCUCCAGUUCACAAAACAACGAAAGAUGAAGUCUUGGCCAAAGGAAAGCGGAGUGCCACAAACGAGGGCGAUGCUGAUAGCUAUGUGAAAAGAGCCAAAUGUGGGCCUAAUGAGUUUGACGGUCGACCUGCUGGGAGGACAGCCGCGCGGCCGGUGAGUCAGAAAGCAGGACCUCGUCCACAGGCUCCAGCAGAACACCAGCCCUUCUUCAACCGCCUCUACAAGGCAGUGGCAUGGAAGUUGGUAUCGGCAGGGGGCUUCGGUCCCAACCUGGACCAUUUUGAAAUACUCCGUAGCUGUAUAGAGUCAUGUAAACAGACCCUCACUUGCGUGUUUGUGCCACUUAAGGACAUUACAGGCCUUCCUGCAGGUCGCACACAGAAGGAAGGCCAUGUGUGUGAAAUUCGCUGUCAGACUGUCUACAUGGGCACAGGAUACGGACGAGAUGAGGCCGCUGCCAGAGCCAUGGCUUCCAAAGAAGCCCUAAAAGUCUUUCAGGGGCGAAAAGUGACGGUAAAGAUCUGUAGACGGAGGUACAAAGGGAAAGAUGUGGAGGAUUUGAUGUUGUUGGACGAGCAGCCUCGGAGUCAGGGCUUUCCUCCGGCACUCAGCUACCCUUUUCAGGACGAGCAGCUGGAGGAUGGGUCUUCAUAGAGAUGACAGACUGUGACAUUUGCCCUGACGUGAUCCCAGUUGGAGCAUCGACAAUUGGCAUUUACUGAAUGGAGCUACUGAAGGAAUUCACGACUGUGUCGGGACCAGACUGUAAUGCGGCUGAACAUCACAACUAGUCUUGAGAAUGAUUAAUUAACUCAGUGCAUUAACUAUCACGAUGCAUUUCCCACAUUACUUUGGUAUCGUUAAUACAGGUGACGUAUUGUUAGACGAACAUCUGGAAUACAUCACCAAAACAGGAACACAUAGUCCUCAAAUCUGCAAAAAACGAGAAUCUUAUACUGUAUCGGCUCCAUUUUCAACCUCUUUCAGUUUUAUGGAGUUUUAUAGACAGCAAACAGUGUGACAGUGUCCGUGGAGUUGGAGCAUGUGCCAUCGUCUAAAAGUCAAACGGCCAUAAACUGGCAAAGAGUUCAACUGCCGGAGGGCGAAACAGUUUAAGAUUUAAAAUGAAGGCAGCUUAAAAUGCCACCUUAAUAUUACAGGGGAACGUAUUGCAUUAGAUUGAUGUGAUUACUUGUCUCAGCCCUUAUAAAAUGCAAAAAAUCAAGCUGGCCAGUGCUUCAUAUUAGGAGUAGCAUGUGUAUAUAUACAUUUACUUAUAUGUAUAUAUAUUUUUUUUUCGCCUUAGGUCAUUCCAGUCGUGACAGGUUUUGUUCUGGCGAUUUCACUAGUGCAUCUGGGCGCAGCCACACCUACAGGUCAUUUUUAUUUUUCUACUCCAAACCCUAGGAGACAAGCUCACUUUGUUGCAUUUUGGUUUGUUUAGAUUCCCACUGCUCAUUCAUAAGGGAAGAAGAGGUCACACGAACAAACUAAUAACUCGUCUUUUUACAGUUUUCACCACCUGUGGUUCUGCCAGGGUACAGAUUUUGGCAGCAGGAUGCAGUCAGAACUAAUACGGUCACUGUAACUUUUUCCAAACAUGAGGGUCUUGUCUUGAGGGUACAUAGCAGUCGAGAACACAAACAUAGCUGAAUAUAAAGUAUCAAACUAAACUGUAUUUUGAUAUUUCAGUUGCUCUAACUCUUAAGUGACUGUUGGGUAUCAGAUAUCAUUUUUUUUUUUCUAAUCGUACCCAUUAACCCUUGCACUUUAGGGUUGACUCUCGAGACAGGUUGGAGUCGCAUUCUCAUUCCCUAAUGACUCGCACUUUAAUUGUGUCAGAGCAGGACUGGGCCUCGCUCAGGCUAUUUGGUGCCACCCAAGUGUAAGUGUGUUUUUUUGUUUUUUUUGUUUGAUUGUUUCAUUAUCAGCCGGAAGAAUUUGACUUAAGUAGCAAAAGUUCCGAAGUUGAAAUGAACCGGUCCAAACAUUUUUGGUACGAUAGUGCUCCCAGUCGUUCAGUAAGAGCUCCAGUCGGUCAAAUUUCAGUUGUAACACGGUGAUUUAACAAAUAACCACACAGAGAGUUUCUGGAAUCCAAUUAAUGCUGCAAAGUGUCGGAGGCUUGAGUUUUAUUUCACAGUGUAUGUGCCGUUUCCAGCUUGCAUGUUCUUCUCGUGGCCAGCUACAGUUCCCAUCACACUGUACACAGAAGCAUUAACAGCUACUGCUUUUAUUUUUAUUUCAUCAUUUAAGUUCACUGAUUUAAAGAAACAAAAGGAAAAAAAAAAAAACAGAGACCCACACUAUGUUAAAAAUAUUGGGGUGUCAUGAUUAAGAGUAUUCAUUUGAACACAGUUAAAUCCAGUGUGUACAGUUAUGAUGUGUUUGGGGGUAAAGUGCUGCUGUGAUGUGUGAUUUUGUUUCUUUAUUUCUAGUCUCGGUUGAAUUUGAACAGGGUUGCAUUGAGGUGUGAGUAUCCACACUGUUCCAUGUUACUGUAUGUUUAAACCAGUGGUCCUGUUUCUAUAUAUUUUUUAAAUAAACAUAAUUUA